ACAAGAGGUGAUGGUGGGUGCAGGGGAGUUUGAGAGAAGCAGAUGGAUUGAAGGUAUAUUUUAGAAGUAGGAUCUAUGUGCUGGGGAAUUGGAUGUGGAGAAGGAGGGGAAGCGAGGACUUGAUGCUGUAGGGAGGACGGUGGUGCUGUUUCCUGAGCUGAGGGAAGGCCGAAGGAAGAGGUUUGUUGGGGAGAACACAGAGUUGGCAUUUGUUGGAGCCUAAGAUCCAUCCAAGUGGAGAUGUCAUAUUGUCAUUCUUUUUUUUUUUUUCAAAAAAAGGAUCUGGAUGAUGUGUUGGAGAAAGCCAAGAAAGCCAAUGUUACGGCUCUUGUGGUGGUCGCUGAACAUUCAGGAGAAUUUGAAAAGAUUAUGCAGCUUUCAGAAAGGUAUAACAGGUUUGUCCUGCCAUGCUUGGGUGUUCAUCCAGUUCAAGGACUUUCACCAGAAGAACAAAGAAGUGUCACAUUAAAGGAUUUGGAUGUAGCUUUGCCCAUUAUCGAGAAUUAUAAGGAUCGAUUAUUGGCAAUUGGAGAGGUGGGACUGGAUUUCUCCCCCAGAUUUGCUGGCACUGAUGCACAAAAGGAAGCGCAAAGACAAGUCCUAAUCAGACAGGUCCAGUUAGCCAAAAGACUAAAUUUGCCUUUAAAUGUUCACUCACGUUCAGCUGGAAGACCCACCAUCAGCCUCUUAAAUGAGCAAGGUGCUGACAAAGUGCUGCUCCAUGCAUUUGACGGUCGGCCAUCCGUAGCCAUGGAAGGAGUAAAAGCUGGGUACUUCUUCUCGAUCCCUCCUUCUAUCAUAAGGAGUGGACAGCUUUUUCUUUUCUCUAAGAAGCAGAAACUUGUGAAACAGUUGCCUUUAACCUCCAUUUGCUUGGAAACAGAUUCACCUGCACUAGGACCAGAAAAACAGGUACGGAAUGAACCCCAAAACAUUACCAUCUCAGCAGAAUAUAUUGCCCAGGUGAAAGGAAUCUCAGUGGAAGAAGUGAUGGAAGUGACAACACAGAAUGCAUUGAAAUUGUUCCCCAAGCUCCAGCACCUGCUCCAGAAAUAACUUCAAAGCCAAAUGAACUGAAGGGGGCAUUUGA